AUGCUUUUACCAAAUCCCGAGGACGAUCCCGAAUCAAAAGAACAAGACAUAGACUUUACGUCAUUGCCAUUAAACGAAGCGUUGCAAAGACGCCGAGAAGAAUGCGAGCGAAAAGCCAGACGGGGGGAAAUGGACCCUCGCCUGGAGUUCACGUUCCAAUUACUCAUUGACCACACUGGUCUACCAAGAAAUUCUGUCAUGGAUUAUGUGUUCGAAUCCAACAUGUUGGAUCAGAUCAACGAGUUAUUUCUGCCACACGGUAGAUCUAAACUUAUGUGGUUCUAUCAAGAUGUUGAAGUCGAAGAUACCGAAUCGUUCGAAAUGGCGGUUCAGUUAAAGCCCAAUAAUAGCAGCAGAAACCUUCAACGAAGAAUCAGCAUAAUAUCAAAGCCCAAAAAAAAGAAACUCUUCCUCACAGAUGGAUGGGAAGUCGGGUUGACAGGAAUUUGCAUUUACAUCAUCCGUCUUAAUACCACCAAACAGUUGCCAGAAGAAGGUUUUCACAAAGAUUUGAUCUGUGGAACUCUGGACGCGGAAAAAAAAGGAUUGGUGAAGAGCAUUGCCAAAAUCAUUGAAUAUGUGUUCAUACCAGCAUUAGCCAUACCACAAACAGCCGACGAACCUUCCGACGACCAACCAGACUGCCCGUUGAUCAAAAGCCAAUUGCUCCCUGAGCUAAGAUCGUUUUGCAGCUGUUUGAAAGUAUGUGAAGAAGUUUGUGAUCAACCAAAUAUCUUUGCUGAUAGUAUGAGUUUAAUAUCAAAAGUGCCUUCCUACAGGGAGGCCAAACAUCUUGCCACAAAUAGGGAUGAAAUACUGAUUUUAGAGAAACGUGUAACAAAUUGGAUACGAAAAAUACGAGAAAUAUUGUUAGAAGACGAGAAGUUGAAGUACGAAAGUGAUACUAGUGGCCCGCAAGAUGAAUUGGAGUUUUGGAAAAAACGCGGAGCACAAUUUUCACAAAUUGCUGCUAAUCUCAGUUGGGAAGAAGUAAUCAUGACCAUUUGUUGCUUACAACUCUCGCGUUCUCGAAUGGUUGACCGAUGGAGACGUACAGAUAAUCAUUUGACACUGUGCUAUAAUGAAGCGAAAGAUAACUCAAAAUACAUCCAAGCAUUGGAAAAAUGCUGUCAUUCGCUGUACCUCGAUAAUCCAGUUAAAAUGAGAAACUCAUUAGUUCGUAUGCUUCAAACUGUACGUCUUAUUCACGAUGUGUCAAUGUUCUAUAAUACUACAGAAAAGAUAUCAUCUCUUAUGGUUAAAAUUACAAACCAAAUGAUAGAAAGCUGUAAACUUCACAUUACCAAUAGAAAUAAAGACACUAUAUGGUCUCAAGAUAGAGCGACUCUGACGACUAAGUUGAAUGAAUGCAUUACAUUAAACAAAUUAUACCAUAACACUUACGAAAGAGUGAAACAUCACCACGGAGCUGGGAGACAAUUUAGUUUUUCUGAAAAUUACGUAUUUGGCAAAUUCGAUGCGUUUUGUGAUAGAUUAAUCAAAAUUUUAACAGUUUUCGAUACAAUUGACGAUUAUAAUGGACUGUUUGAACGAAGAAUGGAGGGUUUGAUGUUCGGGGAUGCGUUAGACAAUGCAGUGCGAACUUUUGAAGAAGCCAAAUUAGUAGUGAUGAACAAAAGUUACGAUUAUUUAGAUCAGAAAAAUAAAGAAUUUGAUCAUGAUUAUACAACAUUAUUCGUUAUGGUCCAAACUUUGAAAGAUGAAUUAGCAUUCACGAUAGAAACUAAUUUUAAUUCUGUCUGGGAAACAGGUCAAGGAAUAAAAUUCCUUGAUAAAUUUGAAAAAAUCGCUACAAAAAUACCAGUGACACGAAUGGAUAUAAAAUAUAGUAGAGUACUGAAAUAUUGUGAAAGUCAAAUAGAUAGAACAUUAAAAUUGUUUAAAAAACGAAGGAACAAUCCUCCUGUUCCUAAGAAUUUUCCACCACUAUCAGGCCGUAUUGUCUGGGUCAGGUCUUUACGACAACGUUUAAGUUAUUUAAUGGAUGAAGCAACCGAUCAUCCAGUGUUAAAAGUAAUGCCAGAAAUGACAGAAGUACAAAAAAAAUUUGCCACCAUGUGUGUAGCUUUGUUCAACUACGAAGAAGAAAUUAAAAGUAUUUGGAUGAACCAUAAUGUUAAAGUUAUAGAAUACUGUUUAGUUCAACCAUUAUUAAAGUUUAAGAAUACUAAUAAUAUGGUUUAUGUUAACUUCGAUCCAAGAUUGAAUCUACUUAUACUAGAGUCAAGUUGUAUGUUAAAAAUGGAACUAAAAGUUCCUAUAGUCACCAAGGCUUUAUUUUUUAGAAAAGAUCACUUUACACUAGUUUGUGACACAUUACAAUGUAUGUUGAAUAAAAUGAGAAAAGUUGCAAGCAGCAUUAAUCUUGAUGUAAGACCUCUUUUUGUCACUCAGCUUGUAUGGCUUUUGGACCUUUUAACGCCUGGCUUGCAAAAAAUUGAUUGGACAGAUCCUGAAUGGAAAAAUUUUGUUGAAAAAACCAACUCCGCCAUAGAUAAAUUUCAAGUUUUAGUAACCAGAAUCCACGAUGUUUAUAAUAACAGAAUACUUCAGGUACUCUCUUCAAUGCAGUCAAUUACACUUCAUACUUUUCCCGAAGAUGGAUCUACGUGGACCGCUGAUGAAUUCUUAGAUAAAAUAGACGAAACGUGUCGUCAAGCAUCUUUGGAACUGAAUCGAAAAAGUAUUCUAGUAGAAGAAGCAGUUGAAGAAAUAUUAUAUCUUGUUCAAAAGGCUAAUGAAAGCGUUACUAUUCCUAAAUUAGAACAAGAACCAAGUCUUAAAGUUAAGACAGAUAAAGUAGAUGUAGAAAUUGUUAAGCAAGAAGGAAGGUCAAAUGAAACUCAAACAGACUGGAGUACUGUAUGUGAAUUUUUUAAUAAUCCAUUUGUCUUGGCAGCGUAUGAGUUGCCUCCAACUGUUUAUACCCUUGCAAAUAGUGCUGUUAGAGAAAUGAGACGAUAUUAUAGCCGUAAAGUGAUAGAUGUGCUUAUUAAAAUAACAAGGCAAUCGAUUGAUGCAUUAAGAAAAAAAUUUUCCCAAGAAUCUAAUGAAAAUCCUAUUUUUGAAGUGCACGCAAUACUAAUGAUUCCUUCGAUUGUGAUUAGACCAAGUAUAAAUGAAUUACAAGAGUUAAUGAUCCAAGCGGGAAAAAUUAUGGUAGGAGUAUCCAAAGGAGUCGGACAGUGGUCUGGUAAUAAAAAAACAAAGAGUGUACCAGCAACCGUGCCCACUAUAGAAGAUGCAAGAGCCAAACGUCGAAGGUUAUAUAAAUUAGCAUCCGAGAGAAAACCACCAUUCCCAGUAAUGCAUAGAAAUUUCUAUUCACACGUUACUGAAAACAAAGAAAUCGUCAAGGCACUUUCGUUACUUUCUACAUGCGUGCAACCGUUAAAACCAAUGCUAUUCGAAUUCUUGAAACUUUGGGUGCCAUAUAAGAUUUUGUGGAAUAAUGACCUAUCAGAGAGACGAGACUUAUCAACAGUUUCACUUUUGGAUUCGGAAGCAUAUCUUCAAAAACAUCAUGAACUCUUAGAACGUUUAAAUAUAAAGCCAGAUACUUAUGAAUUUGGAUCUUGUGUCUUAGUAUCUGUUGAAAAAUUAAAAUAUGGCCUAACUAUUGAAGUUAAAUCAUGUAAUCGUCGAAUCGGUCAGUUGUUACGCAAAAAAUACCACCGUGAAAUGGAUUACGUAUAUGCCGUGAUGAAUGAAAUGGAAAGAAAGUUAGAACGGCCAAUUAGAGAUUUAGAUGAUAUUAGAAUGGUCAUAGAAACAUUAAAAAAAAUAAGAGAAAAUGAAGUUGACAUGGACCUUAAAAUAGAGCCGAUCGAGGAAGCAUUUAAUGUAUUAACACGUUAUGAUUUACCGGUAGAUAGAGAAGAUUUAGAGUUAGUUGAUAACGUUAGAUAUUGUUGGCAAAGAGUGUUAACACGUGCUAUGGAUAUGAAUAUAUAUUUAUUAGAUUCUCAACCUCAACUUCAAACAGAAUUAGCUGAGAAUCUAAAACAUUUUAAAUUAGACUGUGUACAGUAUUGUCACGAAUACAGAACAUUAGGACCAAUGAUGCCGGGUCUUUCACCAAGAGAAGCUUCAGAUAGACUAAUCAUGUUUCAAAAUCGUUUUGACGGUAUGUGGCGUCGCCUACAAUCUUAUCAAAGCGGGGAAGAAUUGUUUGGUUUGGAAACUACAGAAUAUCCUGAGCUAGUUCAAAUACGUAAGGAACUGAAUCUUCUACAAAAACUGUACAAACUCUAUAACGAUGUGAUAGAUCGAGUUAGCAGUUACUAUGAUAUUCCUUGGGGAGAUGUCAAUAUAGAGCAGAUAAAUAAUGAAUUAAUGGAAUUCCAAAACAGAUGUCGUAAAUUACCCAAAGGGUUAAAAGAAUGGCCUGCUUUUCAUGCAUUAAAAAGAACAAUUGACGAUUUUAAUGAUAUGUGUCCCUUGUUAGAACUUAUGGCAAAUAAAGCUAUGAAGCAAAGACAUUGGCAGAGAAUAAUGCAAAUCACUGGUUACAAUUUUGAAUUAGAAAGUGAAGGAUUUUGUUUAAAAAAUAUUCUAGAAGCACCUCUAUUAAAACAUAAAGAGGAUAUAGAAGAUAUAUGUAUAUCAGCCAUGAAAGAGAAAGAUAUCGAAGCGAAACUCAGACAAGUCACUAAUGAAUGGUCUGUACAAGAGUUAACUUUUUUGACAUUUAAUAAUCGAGGAGAAUUAUUACUUCGGGGUGACACAACAGCAGAAACUAUAGGUCAAUUGGAAGAUAGUUUAAUGAUUUUGGGGUCAUUGAUGUCAAAUAGGUAUAACGCACCAUUCCGAAAACAAAUACAACAAUGGGUAUAUGAUUUAUCCAAUACAAAUGAAAUUUUGGAGCGUUGGCUGUUAGUUCAAAAUAUGUGGGUGUACUUGGAAGCAGUAUUUGUUGGUGGUGAUAUAGCCAAACAACUUCCUAAAGAAGCAAAGAGAUUUAGUAAAAUUGACAAGUCAUGGCAAAAAAUUAUGCAACGUGCACAUGAAACACCAAGUGUAGUUAUUUGUUGUGUUGGAGAUGAUAUGUUAAAACAACUUCUCCCACAUUUACAAGAACAACUAGAGUUGUGUCAAAAAUCUUUGAGCGGUUAUUUAGAAAGAAAACGAACUAUGUUUCCUAGAUUCUUUUUUGUUUCGGAUCCUGCUUUAUUAGAGAUCUUAGGACAGGCUUCUGAUUCGCAUACAAUUCAAAAUCAUUUAUUAUCGAUAUUCGAUAACACUAAAGCUGUAAAAUUUCAUGAAAUUGAAUAUAAUAAAAUGACAGCCAUAAUUUCAACAGAAGGAGAAAUUAUACCACUUGAGAGAGCUGUUAGAGCCGAAGGCAGUGUAGAGACUUGGUUAACUAGCUUAUUGCAGACAUCUCAGCAAACAAUUCAUUCGAUUAUUCGAUCAUCAAAUCAUCAGAUAAACGAUAAUAAUUUUAUUUUAUUAGCAUUCUUGGAAAAAAUGCCGGCUCAGAUUGGAAUAUUGGGAAUUCAAAUGAUUUGGACCAGAGAUUCCGAGGUGGCAUUAAUACACGCAAGGACGGAUAGAAAGCAAAUGCACGACACCAAUAAUCGAUUUUUAGAAUUACUUAAUACGUUGAUCGAUCAAACGACUAGAGAUUUGACGCGUAUUGAAAGAAUCAAGUUUGAAACAUUAAUUACUAUACACGUUCAUCAAAGAGAUAUUUUCGAUAUUUUGUGUCGUCUCAAUGUACGUUCUGUUAACGACUUUGAAUGGUUGAAACAAUGCCGAUUCUAUUUUAAAGAGGAUUUGGAUAAGACUUGGAUUUCUAUAACCGACGUCAAUUUUAAUUAUCAAAAUGAGUACUUAGGAUGUACAGAACGUUUAGUAAUCACCCCGCUUACAGAUAGGUGUUAUAUUACACUUGCUCAAGCAUUAGCGAUGAGUAUGGGCAGUUCACCAUGUGGACCAGCUGGUACUGGAAAAACAGAAACGGUUAAAGACAUGGCAAAAACUUUGGCAAAAUAUGUGGUGGUUUUUAAUUGCUCUGAUCAAAUGGACUAUCGAGGCUUGGGUAGAAUUUAUAAAGGCUUAGCACAAUCGGGAACAUGGGGGUGUUUUGAUGAGUUCAACCGUAUUGAACUUCCUGUUUUGUCGGUCGCAGCACAACAAAUAGCAGUUGUGUUAUCAGCAAAAAAAGAAAAGAAAAAACAGUUUACAUUUACUGAUGGAGAUCUGAUAGACCUUUGUCCUGAAUUUGGCAUAUUUAUUACGAUGAAUCCCGGUUAUGCUGGCCGCAAAGAACUGCCAGAAAAUUUAAAAAUUCAGUUCCGCACAGUGGCUAUGAUGGUUCCAGAUAGACAAAUCAUUAUCAGGGUUAAAUUAGCCAGCUGUGGAUUUUUAGAAAACAUUACGCUUGCUCGUAAAUUUUAUACAUUAUACAAACUGUGCGAAGAACAAUUAACAAAACAAGUCCAUUACGAUUUUGGGCUGCGAAAUAUUUUGUCAGUAUUAAGAACACUGGGUGCUGCGAAGCGAGUAAAUAGUAAAGAUUCAGAAAGUACGAUUGUUAUGAGAGUAUUGCGUGAUAUGAAUUUAUCAAAACUAAUAGAUGAAGAUGAACCACUCUUCUUGUCAUUAGUCACUGAUUUAUUUCCGAAUCAGAUACUAGAAAAAACAGCAUAUCCCGAAUUGGAAGAAGCAAUUGAAAGCCAAGUGGAAGCGGAUGGUUUAAUAUAUCAUUCACCUUGGGUUUUAAAGUUGAUACAAUUGUACGAAACACAAAGAGUUAGACAUGGAAUAAUGACCCUUGGCCCUACUGGAUCUGGGAAAACAUGUUGUAUUCAGAUUUUAAUGAAAUCUUUAACAAUUUGUGGGGAAAAUCAUAGAGAAAUGAGAAUGAACCCAAAAGCAAUCACUGCAGCACAAAUGUUUGGACGUCUAGAUGUAGCCACUAAUGAUUGGACUGAUGGUAUAUUUUCUGCACUAUGGAGAAAAACGCUGAAAUUAAAAAAAGGAGAACAUGUAUGGUUGGUGCUAGACGGACCAGUGGACAGUAUAUGGAUCGAAAAUUUGAAUUCAGUAUUGGACGAUAAUAAAACAUUGACAUUAGCUAAUGGAGAUAGGCUUCCCAUGGCCCCUUGCUGUAAAAUCAUAUUUGAGCCCCAUAACAUUGACAACGCUUCACCAGCUACUGUAUCACGUAAUGGUAUGGUUUACAUGAGUUCAUCUGGAUUAGAUUGGAAUCCAGUUCUGGCAGCUUGGCUUAAAAAAAGAAAUAAAAGGGAAUCAAAACUAUUCCGACGAUUGUUUGAAAACACUUUUUCAAAUAUAUACACAUGGGCAUCGCAAAAUUUGAACAUGACUAUGAAAGUCUUACAGUGCAAUACCAUUCAACAAAUGCUAGUGCUAUUACAAGGUUUAAUACCUAAGAAACCAGACGAAGAAGAAGGAAAAGGAGAAGAUGAAGAAGAAGAUGAAGCAAUCGAAGAUAAUGGUACUAAUUCUUCGGAAGAAUGUGAUGGCGUGGAAGGAACGGAAAAUCACUAUCUCAAACCUGACAAUUUACUGCCAAGUAAAAUACAUUUACAACGUUUGUAUACUUUUUCAUUGGUGUGGGGACUAGGAGCUUUAUUGGAAACAUCAGAUAGGCAUAAAUUCAAUAGUUAUUUAAAUGAAAAUUUUAAUCAUAGCCUUGAUCUUCCUAAAAUAGAUGAUCAACCUGAUGCUACAAUAUUUGAUUUUUUUGUAACCGAAGAAGGAGAGUGGGAACACUGGAAUAUUGCUAUGUCUUCAGCAACUCCAGCAGAAUCAUCAAGUUCUGAUUACAGUCAAGUAUUGGUUCCUAUUUUAGAAAGUGUUCGUAUCACAUAUUUGAUAAAUAUCAUAGCUACACAAGAACAUCCAGUUUUAUUAAUCGGAGAACAGGGAUCAGGCAAAACUGUUAUGAUGAAAUCGUACAUGAGAUCUGCUAAAUCAGAGCUUUACUUAAAUAGAUCAUUUAAUUUUUCAUCUGCAACUAGCCCCUUUCAAUUUCAAAAAACUAUUGAAAGUUAUGUAGAAAAAAGAUUAGGAAACACAUUUGGGCCACCUGGGGGUCUUAAAAUGACAGUAUUCAUAGACGACAUAAAUUUGCCAGAAGUUAACGAAUGGGGUGAUCAAAUUACAAACGAGAUUGUUCGACAAACCAUGGACAUGAAAGGAUUUUAUAGUUUAGAAAAACCAGGUGAAUUCUACACUUUGAAUGAUAUUCUAUUUGUCGGUGCAAUGGUACAUCCUGGCGGAGGACGAAAUGAUAUACCAUCUAGAUUGAAACGCCAAUUUUGUAUAUUCAACUGCACUAUGCCAUCAGAUGCUUCAAUUGAUAAAAUCUUUCGAGUAGUUGGUGAAACGCACUAUAAUGCAAAACGAGGAUUUUCAGUAGAAAUACGAAACUUGGUUAAAAAACUAACACCUAUAACAAGAGAACUUUGGCAUAGCACGAGGAUGACUCUAUUGCCAACACCAGCUAAAUUUCACUAUGUCUUUAGCUUAAGAGAUUUGUCAAGAAUUUGGCAAGGAAUGGUUGGUACGUUAAGCACUGUUAUAGAUUCUGCAAAAAUAUUAAUAAUGUUAUGGAGGCAUGAAACUACUAGAGUAUUCUCUGAUAGAUUUACAUCGUUGUCUGACAAAAGUUGGUUUGAUCAAGAGUUGAACAAAGUUGUAGAAUCUAGCUUGGGCACUCAAUAUAUAACAAUGCUGAAUACAGAUCCCCCGUUUGUAGAUUUCAUGAGAGAUGCUCCAGAGCCGACUGGAGAAGAAGGCGAAGAAGCUGACAUGGAACUUCCUAAGGUAUACGAGCCUGUUAUGGAAGAAGCUCAACUGAGAGAACGAUUAGAAAUGUUUUUAUCUCAAUUUAAUGAAAUGGUUCGAGGUAUUGGAAUGGACUUAGUAUUUUUUCCUGAUGCUAUCCUUCAUUUAGUUAAAAUAUCAAGAGUUAUACGACACCCACGUGGAAAUGUAAUGUUAGUAGGUGUUGGUGGUUCUGGUAAACAAUCUUUAACAAGGCUGGCAUCUUUUAUAGCUGGUUAUAAGACAUUUCAAAUAGCUUUAACUAGAUCUUAUAAUAUAACAAAUUUUUUGGAAGAUCUCAAACUGCUGUACAGAACAUGUGGUGUUCAAGCAAAGGGUACAACGUUUAUUUUUACUGAUUUGGAUAUUAAAGAAGAAGGUUUCUUAGAGUAUUUAAAUAACAUUCUAUCUUCUGGUGGAAUUACCAAUUUAUUUACAAAAGAUGAACAAUCUGAAAUUAUAUCAGAAUUAACUCCUAUUAUGAAACGGGAAAACUCCAAAAGAACUUUGAACCAUGAAAUUAUAAUGGAUUAUUUUUUAACAAGAACUUGUCAAAAUCUUCAUGUUGUAUUUUGUUUUUCACCGGUAGGAGAAAAGUUCCGAAAUCGAGCCCUUAGGUUCCCAGCAUUAGUAUCUGGAUGUACCAUAGACUGGUUCCAACCAUGGCCGAAAGAUGCUCUCGUCCAAGUAGCGGAACAUUUUUUGGUAGAUUUUGAUAUUGAGUGUACAGCUGAAGUUAAACAAGAAUUAGUUGCUGCAAUGGGCACAAUUCAAGAUAUAGUUGAUCAUACUUCAAGUGAUUAUUAUCAACGAUUUCGCAGAGCUACUCAUGUCACACCAAAAUCAUACUUAAACUUUAUUGGAGGAUACAAAAGUAUUUAUCAUCAAAAACAAAAAGAAUUAGGAGAAGGAGCUCACCGCAUGGAUACAGGUUUGGCAAAACUAGAAGCUUCUAUUUCCGUAGAGUUACUGAAAAAAGACUUAGAUGAUAUGGAACAAGAAUUAGCAAAUGCUUCUCAGAAAGCAGAAACUGUGUUAGUUGAAGUUACGGAUCGUGCAAGACAAGCAGAAAUUGUGAAAAAUCAAGUGAUGAAAGUAAAAGUUAAAGCAGAAGCUUUAGUAGAGUCAAUUGCAAAAGAAAAAGCUAUUGCUGAAGAAAAGCUAGAAGCGGCUAGACCAGCACUUGAAGAAGCAGAAUCAGCAUUGAAUACUAUAAAGCCAGCACAUAUAGCUACUGUUCGUAAACUUGGAAGACCUCCACAUCUCAUCAUGCGUAUAAUGGAUUGUGUUUUAAUAUUAUUCAAACGUAAACUGCAUCCAGUCAUAAGUGAUACAACAGUUAGAUGUCCAAAACCAUCUUGGCCAGAAUCGUUAAAAAUGAUGGCGAGCACAACAUUUUUACUCCAACUACAAAACUAUCCAAAAGAUACAAUCACGAAUGAAAUGGUAGAAUUAUUGCAACUGUAUUUUAAUAUGGAGGAUUACAAUAUGGAUACGGCAAAAAGGGUCUGUGGUGAUGUUGCUGGAUUGUUAUCAUGGACUAAAGCAAUGGCAUUCUUUCACAGUAUAAAUAAAGAAGUUUUGCCUCUUAAAGCCAAUUUAACUUUACAAGAAGCUAGAUUGACUAUUGCAAUGGAUGAUUUGUCUAGAGCUGAACUUCAACUUUAUGAAAGAGAAGUAGCGUUAAAUGAAGUUAAAAGUCAAUAUGAUGCUGCUGUUCAAGAAAAACAAAGACUUACUGAUGCAGCAAAUGUUUGUCUGAGAAAAAUGACUUCAGCAACUGCUUUAAUUAAUGGUUUAGGUGGUGAAAAAAUAAGAUGGACUCAGCAGAGUAAAGAAUUCAAGAAACAACUUGGACGGCUUGUUGGUGACGUUUUAUUGGCAACAGGAUUUUUAUCAUACUGUGGGCCAUAUAAUCAAGAAUUUAGAUCUAAUUUAGUACAAAGUUGGAUGAAAAUUUUAACGACACAAAAAGUACCAUUCACAGUAAAACUCAAUAUAAUAAAUAUGCUUAUUGACAAUUCUAUGGUAUCUGAGUGGACAUUACAAGGUCUUCCUAAUGAUGAGUUAUCGGUACAAAAUGCACUUAUUGUAACCAAAUCUAGUUCAUACCCACUUCUCAUUGAUCCUCAAAACCAAGGAAAAAUGUGGAUUAAAAAUAAAGAAUCGUCAAAUGAACUUCAAAUCACUUCAUUGAAUCAUAAAUACUUUAGAACACAUUUAGAGGAUUGCUUAUCUCUCGGAAGACCAUUAUUAAUAGAAGAUGUCAGUGAAGAGCUUGAUCCAGUAAUUGAUAAUGUAUUAGAAAAGAAUUUCAUUAAAUCUGGUUCAAUUGAAAAGGUGGUUGUCGGUGAUAAAGAAACAGAUGUAAUGCCUGGGUUUGUUUUAUAUAUAACGACCAAAUUGCCCAAUCCCGCAUAUUCACCUGAAAUUAGUGCUAAAACUUCAAUUAUAGAUUUCACAGUCACAAUGCAAGGUCUUGAAGAUCAACUUUUGGGUCGAGUUAUACUAAUGGAAAAAUCAGAUUUAGAAGCUGAACGUGUGGCACUAUUUGAGUCAGUUAUACAAAAUCAACGUUCAAUGAAAGAAUUUGAAAGCAAUUUACUGCAUAAAUUAUCUUCAAUUCAAGGUUCAUUGGUAGAUGAUGAAGAUUUAAUUAGUGUACUCCAAGAGACCAAAGCCACUGCCGAAGCUGUAAAUGCAAAACUUCAAGUUUCCGAACAAACUGAAAUAAAAAUCAUGAAGGCCAGAGAAGAAUUUAGAGCAGUGGCUGCUCGUGGGUCAAUAUUGUACUUUUUGAUAGUUGAAAUGAGCAACGUAAACGUUAUGUAUCAAAAUUCAUUGAAACAAUUUUUAAUGAUAUUUGAUAACUCUAUAAACAAAUCAAUAAAAAGUUCAAUAACCGAAGAACGUAUUAUAAACAUUUUACAAUAUUUAACUUAUGAAGUAUGGAUGUUCACGAUGAGAAGUCUGUAUGAACGCCAUAAACCAUUAUUCACGUUGAUGUUGGCUAUGAAAAUUGAUUGCCAUAAAAAUCAAAUUACACACGAAGAGUUUAUGACAUUUAUAAAAGGUGGUGCAUCAUUAGAUUUGAAUGCAGUUGCUCCAAAACCUUUCCGAUGGGUAUUGGAUAUAACUUGGUUAAAUUUGGUUGAACUUAACAAGUUAUCAGUAUUUUCAAAUCUUUUAAAUAAAAUAAAACAAAAUGAGAAAGAAUGGCGCAUUUGGUAUGAAAAAGAAAAACCGGAAGAGGAAGAUAUACCUUGUGGAUAUAAUAAAUCUCUAGAUGUAUUUCGAAAACUUUUACUGGUCAGGUCAUGGAGUCCAGAUAGAACGUUGUCACAGUCUCGAAAAUAUAUCAUGGAUUCUUUAGGACCCGAGUAUGGGGAAGCAUGCAUCUUAGAUUUGGAAAAAACUUGGGAAGAAUCGGAGCCACAGACACCACUCGUUUGUAUCUUAUCUAUCGGCUCUGAUCCAUCACCGCAAAUCACCGCUCUGGCUAAAUCUAAAGAUAUUCAAAUACGAUCUGUUUCUAUGGGUCAAGGCCAAGAAAUUCAUGCUAGAAACAUGAUAUCUGAUUGCAUAGCAAACGGUGGCUGGGUACUUUUACAAAACAUGCAUUUGUCUUUGCCAUUUUGUACAGAAGCUAUGGACGCUUUGUCAGAUUCGGAAGAAAUACACAGUACAUUUAGAAUGUGGAUAACUACAGAAGUACAUCCUCAGUUUCCUAUUGCACUACUUCAGAUGGCAAUCAAGUUCACAAAUGAACCUCCACAAGGUAUUAGAGCUAGUAUGAAAAGAACGUAUCAGAAUAUAAGUCAGGACAUGCUUGAUUAUUCGGCUCAACCACAAUGGCCUAUUUUACUUUACGCCGUAGCAUUUAUUCACACGAUCGUACAAGAGAGACGAAAAUUCGGACCGUUGGGUUGGAAUAUACCAUACGAGUUCAAUCAAGCCGAUUUUGCUGCGAGCGUUCAAUUCGUUCAGAAUCAUUUGGACGAUAUGGAUCCAAAAAAAGGUGUGUCUUGGCCAACUAUUUGUUACAUGUUGGGUGAAGUACAAUACGGUGGCAGAGUUACUGACGAUUUCGAUAAAAGACUUUUAAUAACGUUCACUCAAGUAUGGUUUUGUGAUGUAUUAUUAAGACCUGGUUUUGAGUUUUACAAAAGCUAUAAAGUUCCCAUGAAUCGUAAUAUACAAGGUUGUAUUGAUUACAUUAACAGUUUACCUGUGACAGAUUCUCCAGAAGUGUUCGGACUUCACUCCAAUGCUGAUAUCACGCAUCAAAUAAAUACCGCAAAAGGAAUACUAGAUACGAUUUUAAGCGUUCAACCGAAACAGGGUGGAAGCCAAGGAGGAGAGACUAGAGAAAGUGUUGUCUACCAUUUAGCUGACGACAUGUUAAAAAAAUUACCAAAACAGUAUAAAGAUUUUGAGGUAAAAGAAUCGCUGCAGAGGAUGGGUGCUUUAUUACCCAUGAACAUAUUCUUACGACAAGAAAUCGACCGUAUAAAAAAAGUUAUUGGUAUUGUACAAAAGACACUAUGCGAUUUAAAAUUAGCCAUCGACGGUACAAUUGUUAUGAGCCAAGGACUAAGAGAAAGUUUGGAUGCCAUGUAUGACGCCAGAAUACCACAGAAAUGGCAAAAAGUGUCUUGGGAAUCCGCUACUCUCGGAUUUUGGUUUACUGAGUUACUGGAACGUGAUAAUCAGUUUAGAAAAUGGAUAAACAGUGGUCGACCAAAUGUGUUCUGGAUGACUGGUUUUUUCAACCCGCAAGGAUUUUUAACGGCUAUGAGACAAGAAGUGACAAGAGCACAUCGGGGCUGGGCGUUGGAUUCAGUGGUGCUUCAGAAUCUGAUAACGCGCCAUAACAAGGAGGAACUGAGUGACUCGCCGCCGGAGGGUGUGUAUGUGUGUGGCAUGUUCUUGGAGGGCGCUAGCCUGGACCGGAAGACGGGUAAACUGGUGGAAAGCAAGCCAAAGGUGCUGUACGAACAAAUGCCAGUGAUUUACGUAUUUGCUAUCAACACCACCGCAGGAAAAGAUCCGAAGCUAUACGAAUGUCCGAUUUAUAGGAAACCACAGCGGACGGACCUCAAGUAUGUGGGUUCAAUAGAUUUUGAGACAGACAACAAUCCGAGGCACUGGACAUUGAGAGGCGUUGCCCUGUUGUGCGAUAUAAAAUAAAUAAUACGAUCGAUAUUGAAUUAUAUGUAUAAUAGUAUGUCCCUAUACUCGAAUAUUAUAUCAAAUUCAUAUCAUAUUAUAAUAGUAGCUGUAUUAACCGUCUUUGUCCAUGUUAAAUGAACAAUUAUA